CGCGCGCACCAUUGUGUGGCUGGACUCGGCCGCCGCUGCGGUGUGAGGCGCGUGUUCGGGCUCUCGCCGUCCCCGCACCCGCACCGCGGCUUCUGCCCUGUGGCCAGCUGUUCGACAGCCAGCCUUCGGGCCCCCCGCCCGCCUCGGACAUGCCGCGCGUCUACAUAGGACGCCUUAGCUACAACGUCCGGGAGAAGGACAUCCAGCGCUUUUUCAGUGGCUAUGGCCGCCUCCUCGAAAUAGACCUCAAAAAUGGGUACGGCUUCGUGGAGUUCGAGGACUCCCGCGACGCCGACGACGCCGUUUACGAGCUGAACGGCAAGGAGCUCUGCGGCGAGCGCGUAAUCGUGGAGCACGCCCGCGGCCCGCGCCGCGACCGCGACGGCUACAGCUACGGAAGCCGCAGUGGUGGAGGGGGAUACAGCAGUCGGAGAACCUCUGGCAGAGACAAAUAUGGACCACCUGUUCGUACAGAAUUCAGACUUAUUGUAGAAAAUCUUUCCAGUCGUUGCAGUUGGCAAGAUUUAAAGGAUUUCAUGAGGCAAGCAGGUGAAGUAACCUAUGCGGAUGCUCACAAAGAACGCACAAAUGAAGGUGUGAUUGAGUUUCGGUCCUACUCGGACAUGAAGCGUGCUCUGGAUAAACUGGAUGGUACAGAAAUAAACGGCAGAAAUAUUAGGCUCAUUGAAGAUAAACCACGAACAAGCCAUAGGCGGUCUUACUCUGGAAGCAGAUCAAGGUCACGGUCUAGAAGAAGGUCACGAAGUAGGAGUCGCAGAAGCAGCCGCAGUAGAUCUCGAAGUAUUUCGAAAAGUCGCUCCCGAUCCAGGUCUCGGAGCAAAGGUCGAUCACGUUCUCGAUCAAAAGGCAGGAAAUCUAGAUCAAAAAGCAAAUCUAAGCCAAAGUCUGGGGGCUCCCGUUCGCGCUCUCGGAGCAGAUCUAAAGAUGAGUAUGAGAAAUCUCGAAGCAGGUCUCAUUCUCGAUCUCGUUCCCCCAAAGAAAAUGGAAAAGGUGAUAUAAAGUCAAAAUCUAGAUCAAGGAGCCAGUCUCGUUCCAAUUCACCCCUCCCUGCUCCACCCUCAAAGGCUCGUUCUGUGUCCCCUCCACCAAAAAGAGCUUCAAGAUCCCGUUCUAGAUCUCGUUCAAAGUCAAGGUCACGGUCCAGAUCAAGUUCCAGAGAUUAACCCAGAACUCUGUUCUUUGCACACUAUUACAGAACACUUUCCUACUUGCUUAGGCAGUUACUGUUCCGUGUUUGUAUUUGGCCUCUUCUACAAGAGGAAUCUUCUGAAAAUAGGGGCACACAGAAAUUUAAUUUGAGGCCAAAUUUGAUGAAAAAAGAUGAGGUUCUAAAGAAAUGGUGGCAUGAAGUCAAAGACCCUCUCCCUUCUUUGUAGAAUUAAGAUAACUUUGAUUUUAUAGCUUUUGAGCUAAAAUAACUUUUGUAAAGAUUAAGCUCAUUUAGAUUUUUUUUUAAGUAUUUCAGCAGGAUCUGCUGCAGGGGUUUUGUUGUUUAUUUGUUUAUUUGUUUGCUUUUAAAUUAACCGUUUCAAGCUUUGAAUACUUAAGGCUUUAGAGGGAGAACUUGGUCUUCAAUUAUGUUGGCUUUUUAUAAAGCUUGAGUUAUGUAAGAUUUCAAUAAAAGUUUGCUACCAAGAUGAUUGCCUUAUUGAAUAGGUCACUAUUAAAUUUAAAUAUUGAAAAUUUGUUUUUUGUGGAAACAGUGUAAAAGUCUACUUAUGUGUAAAACAAAGCAAGCCUCAGACCAGCAAUAAAUCAGUCAAUUUGGAUAACAUCAUUUUGUGCUGUUAAUCAAAUUUUCCAAAGUCAUAUCUGCCCCUUUAACAAGCUAAGUUAAAAAUAAAAGGUAUUUUCCAGUCAAUCUGUUAUCCAAUUUUGCCUAAAUUACUAGAUUUUAAAUAAUGAAACUUUUUUCAAACUUAAAUUUGAUUGAACUCUUCAAGAAAUGGUUCCUAAUACUUGGGAUCUAGUUUAGCUUGGUAAUCCCACUUUCUGGAAGUGGUCAGUGUAAUGAGUGUUUUGUUAGAGUAUGGUUCAAUGGUCUUUAAUGUUUGUUAUGUAAAAAUGGAAGUAGCCUUUCUUUGGUCAGAAAUUUAAUGUUUUCUUGUUAAAAUGGAAAAGCAAAUAUUGCAUUUUCUGCUGGAAGAUCAUUAUAUUUAACAGGCACUUAACAGAUCACUUGGUAAAAUUAGUUAACAGUAAAAGUAAAAUUCCAUCCAACAAUCAAUCCCAUUUGUAGUUAGUGGGGUUCUGUGAUAAUUGGUUAGGGCAUCCUUGUAAACUUGACAAUAUGCGGUUGGUUUGAAAAAAAUUUAAAUGGCUAAACCCUCAACUUUUUGUACCUUAACAUGAAUGAAGUGUAAUGAAUACUUUGGAAA